GAUGUCUUGUGUUGUUCUGUUCCACAUGCUUUCGUGAAAUCGUGUUUAAUAUAAAUCCGAAGGCUGAAACUAAAUUAUUUAAUUCGUACUGACUAGCGCACAAAUUGCCAUUGCUAUAUACUUUUACCUUUUUAUACAAUUAAAAUACCUAACAUGAAAACUAUAAAAGAGAAAAAAUCAAACAGUAUAAAAAAACUUAGAAACGAUAUCCACAAAGAAUUCGACUUUCUUACUAAUAUUUUUUCGAUAUGUUCUAUGCCACACCACAAAGGAAAUACAGAAAAUGAGUUGGAUAUUGAUAUUGUAAACACAAAUCAACCACAAAAUGAAUCUAAACUAACAUCAAAACGAGCAAGAAGCAUUACAGAGUUAGAAGAGAAGUUGCAUAAAAUGAAAUCUGAAAAAGGAUUUAAUUUGAAGACUAAAUUAAUGAAAAAAAGUUUGAACAGUAAGCUUAACAAAAAACUCAAGAAAAAAGAUAGAGUGAAAAUGAACACGAAUAAAGGCAAACCAGUGAUAAAAAAUAAUGAAGUAACGGAGACCGAGAAACCUAAACCAAAUAUUGCUGCAAAACCAGUUUUCAAUAAUGAAGGAAAACUUGUAUUUUCAAAAUUUGAUUUUGCUAACCUUGGCCGAGAUAAAAUAUUAAAAGGACACAAAGAUCCGAAGAAAAUAUUAGAUGACUUGAAAACUCAAGAAAAGAAAGUUCAACAGCUGGCAGAAACAGAUUGUAACAAAGCAAAAGAAAUGAAGGAAACCAUGGCAUGGAAAAAUAUUUUACAAAAAGCAGAGGGACAAAAAGUUAAAGACGAUCCAAUUCUACUUAAAAAGUCUAUUAAAAGAAUGGAGCAAAAGAAAAAGUCAAGUAAAAAGCAGUGGGAAAAUAGAUUACAAACAGUUGAAAGCCAAAAAGAGGAUCGACAAAAGAAGCGUAAAGAAAAUAUAUUAAAAAAGAAAAAGGAGAAGAAAACUAAAGUCAUCAAAGCAUCUGUAAAAAGGGGCAGGGUUGUUAUAUAAAUAAGCUAAAUGAAAACUAUGUUUAGUGAAUUAAAAAAUUAUUUUUAA